AAAUCACACACUGUUAUUGGCAAUAUAUACAGUUAGCUAACAUAUUUUUAGGUUAUUUGUCUAAAAAUAUAUAUAAGGGUAGGCACAAUAAGCUCAGGCUUCAGCCUAUACCUUGUUUUUGGGCAGAGAAUAUUAUGUUUUGAUUUUGGUUUAUUUUUGAUACGAUGACUUGGUAUAAUUUCAUUUCUUUCAUAAAUGCAUGGGGAAAUUGUUGUUACGACCGAAAAAAAUAAAAACUAAACUAAUAUAUAUAUAUAUAUAUAUAUAUACAUAUAUAUAUUAUGAAGCAAGCGAACAUAACGUAUUAUAUACACAAAUACAAACACAAAAAAGUUUUAUAGUCACAUUCUCGUGGGUGGAAGGUGGCAAUGAAGAUGGGAUUGUUGGUGUUUGUCAGUGCUGCAGCAAUUAUCAGAAAUAAAAGUAUUUUACUCAGUCGUAUUUCUUUGUUGGGUCAUCCUCAGUCCCCUUUUAUGUAUUCCAUUUACCUGUGAAAUGGAUGAUUUGAGGUACUAGAGUGGAGUGGGCAAUUUGGUCUGUAGAAAGGCUAAACUGGUUUCUGACAAGAAGCAGAACAUCAUGUCUUGGUUGACUUGGAUAGGGUUGCAGAACGUUUUGAAGAAAUGGGCAACACUAGUCCACCAGACAGCAAGAGCAAUGCAAACAUACACAUUGCAUAUUAAAUAUCAUUGACGUAUUUCUCCAAAGCAGUGCGACGUGGGAUCAAUUUGUGCCCUCGCUGCCCUGUUGAAAAUUCCAGCUAAAACCAGCUGGGAUUCUAAGGUGGUUUAAGAUGAUUUAAAAUAUGUUCUCAACACUUCUAGCUCAUCGUUGCAGGCCUGUGGCUGGCCAAAGCUGGUCUCUAGCUGGUCAAAGCUGAUUAAGAUGGUAAGGCAAGCUGGUGGUCAACAGGUGGACUAGCAGACUACAUAAACUGGUCAACUGGUGAAGUUUUGUUGACCAGAUAAGUGUCUUAAACCAGCUUGACCAGUUUAGGCUCGUUUAAGAAGGGCAAAUUAAAUGCAGUCCAUCAAAGAUAAUAAAUUAGCAACCCAAUGGAACCCGUCUCGUUUGCUGGAAUUUUUAUUUUUGCAAACUGACCGUUUAUUUAUUUAUUUUACCACUUCAACUACAUAUUACAUAUGCCGCAAUAUGCUGCGUCUGUAUCUUGCUAAUGCGACUAAGCUGUCUUUACUGAGUUCAACAGAAUUUGAAGCAAAAAAUUCAGCCUCAAUAUAGUCUUAUUUCGUCAAUCAAUUUGGUUAGUCACAUGGCAUUAAUUACAUCUUAUAAAUAAACUUCAGCGCGUUUUAUCAGCCAAAAUUUGUUUCGACUCCAUUCCCUCAUCACUUGGCUUUGUGCAAAAUAAUGGACGUUUCAUGGACUUCAAUGAACCAGGUAAGGGUGAACGCCUGCGCAAUACCGACUGGGCGGAACUUCCGGCAAAAUAGUGCCCCUAACAACAGACCCAGGCGAGUGAAGUAGGAUCAUUACGAAGAAAUUGAACACGUUGACUCGAAUAAAGAGCGUUACCCUAAUGGGUCCGGACAGCCUCCGCACGCGCUCCCAGUGAAGCCCGCAGCCCCGCCCCCAGCGCCGUGGCCCCCUGACUACAGCCCCCCGCCCCACCCCCUUCUGAAGAUGGACGAGCUGCAGGAUCUGCCCGAGCUUCCGACUAAGAAGCCUCGGCAGGAGCUGGACGUUGGCCUGGAAAAGGGUCCGAGGGGAGGGGGGGUUACCGACGGCAACAGCCCGUCAGAUGCGGGCAAUCCAGCCGUCCUGGGGUCGGACCUAAACCCUUUCCCCCCUCCUACUGGCGCCCAGCUGGAAGGGAGUCGCAGGUCAGAGGCGGGGACAGAAGCUCAACCCUGCAAUGAGACCAGUGACUCAUUUACGCACCCCGCUGUGACCUGCAAAGGCCUCACCACCACCUCUAGUGAUUAUUCUACACAACUCUGCCAAGGAACCAGGUCCCUGGGACACGUGCUGUCCCCCCCCGCCGUUCCGGCAGUCACCUCGUACCCGAGCCAGCCGUCCUUCCCCCCGCUGGCCCAGUCCACCAUCUACAGCGCCUUUCCCCCCGCCAGCCAGGGCUACGGCCUGCCCCCCUUCGGAACCAUGUGGCCAGGCAUAAAGACGGAGACGGGGCUGCCCGAGGCGCCCUCUGUAGGUCAGCCAGGGUAUCUCAGCUUCAGCACCGCGUAUACCUCAACCCAGCCCGGCCAGGCGCACUACUCGUACCCGAGCCAAGGGUCGAGCUUCAACACCUCCAGCGUGUACACCUGCAUCCCCUCCGGUACCGCGGCAACGACGGCGUCCACCACCGCAGCCCAGCAGGAGUAUAACUACAGCACCCUGGGCCAGGGCACGUUCCCUCAGUUUUACACGCCCCCCAGCUACGCCACGGCGGGCCUGACCAUCACCAGCGGCGAGGGGGACGGCGUGAACAUCACAGGCUACCCCGUCCCGAAGACGGAGGGCAGCUCCACGGCCGGGCUGCCCGGCGAAUCAGACGCCUCGUCGGGCGUGGCCCUCAACCCGCCGCCCUGCGACCCGGAGGAGACAGGCCGCCGCAACAGCGGCGGGAAAGCCAAGGGCAAGGCCAAGAAGACCGACAGCUCCCAGUCCGCCGACAACGACCUGGAGCGGAUCUUUCUGUGGGAUCUGGACGAGACCAUCAUCGUCUUCCAUUCCCUCCUCACCGGGACCUUCGCACACAAGUUUGGCAAGGAGCCGUCCACCGUCCUGAACCUGGGCCUGCAGAUGGAGGAGCUGAUCUUCGAGCUGGCGGACACGCACCUGUUCUUCAACGACCUGGAGGACUGCGACCAGGUUCACGUGGAGGACGUGUCCUCCGACGACAACGGACAGGAUCUGAGCAACUACAACUUCAUGGCGGACGGCUUCAGCAGCUCCGGGGGCGGCGGCGGCGGCGGGGGGGGCCCGGGCUCCGCCAGCGGGGUGCAGGGGGGCGUGGAGUGGAUGCGAAAACUGGCCUUCCGCUACCGGCGCCUCCGGGAGAUCUACAACAGCUACAAGAGCAACGUCGGGGGCCUGCUGAGCCCCAUGAAGAGGGAGAUGCUCCUGAGGCUCCAGACGGACAUCGAGAACGUGACAGACGCCUGGCUGAGCACCGCCCUCAAGUCCCUGCUCCUCAUCCAGUCCAGGGGCAGGUGUGUGAAUGUGCUGGUCACUACGACCCAGCUGGUCCCUGCGUUGGCCAAGGUGCUACUCUACGGCUUGGGAGACGUCUUCCCCAUCGAGAACAUCUACAGUGCCACCAAAAUAGGGAAAGAGAGCUGCUUUGAGCGAAUCGUCUCUCGUUUCGGGAAGAAGGUAACGUACGUGGUGAUCGGAGACGGCCGGGACGAGGAAUUUGCAGCCAAGCAGCACAACAUGCCGUUCUGGCGCAUAUCCACACACGCAGACCUGGUGUCCCUGCACCAAGCCCUGGAGCUGGACUUCCUGUAGAGGGUCAGGGGCGAGAGAGGGAGGGAUUGGGCGAUGUGGAGCCCAGCCCCGCCCCUGUCUGCCUCGACCACGCCCCCUUCCAGCCCCUUGCAGCUUGACCCUCCCCGCCCCUCCCCUGCCCCCCCCCCCAGCCCACCAUACUACAGUGGUACAGGAGCCUGGUAUGUUUGUGAUUCACACAGAACUGGACAGGACCCAACACCGGGUCAGUCUCUGCAAACCCUGCCCAUCCCAUCCCCCCUCCCCCCCUCCACCCACCUGACGGCAGCUAUCCACUCUGGGGCCGGCCCUGUCAUAAGCAGCACAUCUGUACAGGACUGAGGAGAACAGGAGGAGGGGGAGCAGUCUCUCUGUCUCUCUCUCUUUCUCUCUCUCCCCCUACCCCCCUAUCUCUGUCUCUGUCUCCCUCGCCACAGAACAGACCAAAGGUUCGCACUGAGCUCAAAACUUUGAGGUGAUUUAGGUUUUGUUCUUUACUGUGAUUUUUUUCCCCACACACAUUAGGGCUAUCCAUCAAACAGUGACGUCAUCUUAAAUUCACCACCUGUUUAUGUGAAUACCUGCACUAAUAUAAACACACACACACACACACUGACCCCCACACACACACACACACAGACCUUUUGUGCAGAAUUAACAUCCCUUCUUGUGGGCCAUCGAAGCCUUUACCUUAAUGUUCAGUUAUGAUCCUGGUUUGCUGUUCUUAAAGUAAUGAUACAAAAAGCAGGUGUUGAAUUUAAGAUGGAUGUCACAGGCAAGUGGACGAGGGCCCAAGCUGUUUCCGGCUCUCGUUCCUUUCCCCCUGAAAGCUCAGCGCGGUCGUGCGCUGUGCGGUGUCGGAACCAUCGGAACAGUCCGAUGGGUUCUAGGACCCGCGUCCGAACUCCGCGGGCCGGGCGCGAGGUGCUGGGGGACGCGACAGGCGGCCGCCGCACAGCCCAAAGCCCCCCGAAGUCACCUGACCAGAACGUUCCGCGAUUCGGCCAUGUGACCUUCGAGGGGUUCCAAACUGUGGUUCUCAGAGCGAAGGCCUCAGUCGUGUUUUCAGAAUCGAAUCCCUACGGUUAGAUUUAGGUUUCCUCUAAAUAUACAUGUGUGUUAUUAUUAAUGGAAAUGUUUGAAAUGCUGGUACGUCCGACCGAACGCGUUCCACGGGGUUUUUUCAGCAAACGGCUUUUCGUGCUGCUGAAUUCUCCCCCCCUCCCCCCCC